AUGUUCAAAACUCUGCCAGAAAAGGCAGCUUUUAAAGCCUUAAAGCGAACUCUACAGCUGAUAGCUCCUCUGCAUGAUAUCGUGGCCUACCUUGUCAGUUUUGCUAAGCUUGGCAAUUGUGCAGCAUGUUUUGAAUUUCCUCUAAGUCCCAACCCUUUGAGAGGAGACUGGGGAGGAACUGAGGGCAUUGGGUCUGAGCUUCAAGAGCUGCAGAACAUGAUUGACAGCCUCCAGAGCCCCCAAGACCCUACCCGGGUGGCCCAGGCACUUCUCCUCCGAAGGGAGGUUAUGUUUUUGCAGUUUGACGCUGCAGUGAGGCAUCUCAUCCGCAGAACGUUUUUGGCAGCUGGACAUAUUCCUGCCUACCAGUCUGUCACAGAUGGCAUGUGCCAUGGGCUACCAACACUGAGCAACUGUCUCAGGAAGAGCAUUUUUGCCUCGCAGCUCAGCCUGCCCCAGCCACUGGAUCCACGGAGCCUCCAGGCAUUUGAGCUGUUUCCUUGGAGAGCAUUUCUGGAAGAUGGAGGACUAUUCCCAGUUAUAAGUAGCAGCCCAGAUACGCUAGAAUAUAAUAUGCAGGUAGGAUAG